AUGAGGAUGCAACUUUCUGCAGGACACUGGCUCUGUCUGCUCACCUUCGCUGGAGUGAUGCUCAUCACCGACUCAAGUAAAUACAGAACAUAUUGAUAAAUCAGUGAACAGCCUGAGGGAGUUGUUUUAGCUUCAAGCAUGUUUGUUUCUGUUCUGAUUUAAAAAGUGAAAUAACUUUUGGGGAUUUUUUAUUUUUAAUGGUUAAUAUAUGAAUACUAAAAACAUCUUGUUUCUAUAACAAGUGAGUUGCGUUUACUCUUGCAGCUAUAAACUACAUAAGAUUUUGAGAUAUGGGGGAUGUGUAAUAGCUCUGGAUUUUAUCUCUUAGGAAGCACAUAAGUUGCCAGAUCUUGUUCAAGGGAGGACAACACUAAAAAUGACUUUGUGACAAGAACUUUAAUGAGGAUCCGAUGAAGGUGUCAUAUUGUCAAAGCUAGUUUCUUUGAAACCUCAUGUGUGUGUUGGUUUAUUGCAGUGCAAGGCAUGGUAAAUGAAGGCUGCUGUCUUGAAGCAGGGUUGGCCAUCCCUGGCCAAACGAUCAUAGAGUGCAUCAAACAGAAACCAACGAGGAGCUGCAACUCAGAUAACUUUGCGUAAGUACAGCAAAUGGGCCUCAGUAAUACAAGGAAUGUGUAAACCGUCAACAGAAGAGAAACGAGAAAACGAGAAAGAGAAAGCAGCAGGGUAAAAUCAUUGGAAUGUCAAAUUUACAGUUUUCAUUUUGUUUUCAGGGUCAAAGUUGAGAGUGGCGACUGGUUCUGUAUUGACUCAAAGUCAAAGUGGAUGAAACAGCAAAUACAGCAGGUAAGAAUGACUCUAUCAGCCUCUCUUGUCACCACAUUAGUUACUUUGUCAUACCCUACCUGAGAAAUGUUUUUGUCUUUUUCUCUCUUCUCCACAGGGUAAAGUCAGCUGUACAGAAAAAUUCGUUUUUCUCGAAGAAUGA